CACCAUUAACAUCACCUUGCCCUUGUGGAUAUGGAUAAAGUUCUCAAAGCUGACAGAAGAUUGAAACCACUUGGAUUAUGUGACGAUGAACCUACCCCGGAAGAGAGAGCCCAGAGAAUUGCCAAAGCUGUCCGCAAACAGUCAACAGAAGUGAAGGAAAAUUGGGAGCAAUUGAAAACCCGUGCGAGCAACUGGCAGAAACAGGUGGAAAAGGCGUUGGAGAAACUUCAAGAACUGCAGAAAGCUCUGGAUGAUCUUGAGGCUCAUGUGAUAACAGCUGAGGGGGUCCACACUGAUUGGCAACCUGUGGGUGACCUGCUUAUUGACUCAUUGCAGGAUCACAUUGAUAAAACCACAGGAAAAAAGCCUUGAAAGUGCCGUUAAUGUUUUGCAUGGCGAGCUGCUGAAUACGAACCAGUCUCACACCAUUACCAUCACCUUGCCCUUGUGAAAGCAGAUAUGGAUAAAGUUUUCCAAGCUGAUAGAAAAUUGAAAGCACUCACAUCCUGUGACGAUGAUUCUGAUGUUGGUUCCUGGAAAGCCUCCAUUGUUGGAGGACGAGAAGCCGUAUCCAAUUGAAGCAGCACAGGCUUCUGCGAUGACUGUGGAAAC